GGGUGUGAGACUGAAGGUUCAUGGAAGGAAUAAACCAUUCCUAAGGAGUAAACAGAUUUCUCGGUCAAAUUUAUAUUUAGUAAUUUAGCUGCAAUCAUGGGUGGCUAUCUUGGUAAAGCAAUGAAGGAUACAAUGGAUGAAAACAUGAAAAAGAACCAGGAGUUCAUGUUAGCAAGUCAAAAGAUGCAGAUGGAUAGGCAAAUGACCAUGCAGAAAUUAAUGAUUGAAAAGCAGAUGGCAACCAAAGUUGCAAUGGCAAGAGAGAUGUUUGAUUGGCUAGGGUCAUUUUAUGCACUUGCUUCAGUUGGAAUGUUUGUUGGGUUUGCAAAGAGCAAGAAGCCAACUGUGCUAAUGCCAUUUGUUCCACUGACUUUCAUUGUUGCAUAUCAAGCACAUUUGGCCUAUGGAAAUAAGAUUAAAAGAAUAAGAGAUGAGGCAGAAAACAUUCUUAAAGAAGAAAGAGAUCUGGUUGCACUUCCUGGAGGUCCUGUAACAUUUGAAGCCGUUGAAAAGGCCAGGCAAUCAUUGAAGUAACUUUUUUAUGGACAAUUGCUAAGAUAUAAUACUCUGUACAUUUGAAGCAUUCACUCAUUCAAACUAUUUUAACAACACUGACAACAGGGCCGGCAAAAGCAGGGGGCUUGGGGGCAUGGCCACCCCCCACUUUUCUGCAGAGCUGAAGGAAAAUUUUAGGCAAAAGUGAAAAUAAAGGUAUACUACAUCAUUCUGUAAGUAACUGUGCUUAGUAAUCCCUUACAUAUGCUUUUAACAGCUUGGCUUAGGAAAAAGAUCGAGAAACCUGAUCCAGAAUAACUUGGUGCCAGACAAAUUGACUGAGUUUCGUUUAUUCUAUUGCCUAUACUUAGCUCUCAAGGUCCAUUUGUUAACAACAAAUUUUUCAGGAACAUUACAAUAAGAGAGAAAUCGCGAGCGAUAUGGAAGGGAAAGAAACUGAUGAAAAGAAAAUUUUUGAGGACAUAAGAAAGAAAGAAUGGGCAGAUUUGUUCUAUAAAAGUAACAUCACGAAAGCUUCAAAAUUUUAUUGUAUCGAUAAUCCAUUCCUACUAAAAAAGAAAUUCUAGACGCAAUUAUAAAUUCUAUUAAAAUAAUUUUCGACCAGUGCAGUUUGAAAGUUUUAAAAUCCAGAAUUUUUGUUAAAAGCACCUUUUUCCGAAAUAUUUAAGAUCAGAUGUUACAAAACAAUAUCCCAAGUUGUGUACAAACUGCUUAAAUUUGCUUUUAUUUUAGUUGAUAGUUCUUCUGUUUUUUUUAAACUUGUACAUAUUGAUUAAACAAAGCUUAAGUAUAUUGCCUCGGAUUUUCCUUCAGUCAAAGUCCAUUUUAGAUACAGUCUCUGGCCAUCCCUAAAAAAGAAAAAUCCUAAAAUUGUUCUUGCCGCCAACCAUUGUGGCGGCCUAACUUAAGCCCUUUCAAGACUUCCAUAUUUGGCCCCUCUAGUUUCAAAUACGUUUCGCCGGCCCUGGACAGUCCUUUCUUUUUUAUAUCAAUCCGCUACUAUAUAUCUGAUAAACUUUCACUAAUUACGAUUUUGCUCUUUUCUGUCAAAUUUUUGCCAAACAAAUUAAUUUAACAUUGAAUUGAAGCAUCAAUAUAAGGAAUUUUUA